AACAUGGCUUCAGCUUCGCCGAUUUAUCAAGGCUCUCGAAUAUUUCUGUCGGCGUCUGAGAAAAGUGGAGUUUCUCUGGAUAAUGUGAGUGUUAUUUUGGCAUAUUAAUUAUAUUUGAAUAAUAAGUUUGGCUUACCAUAAGUUCAAACUAUUAAAAUAAAAGCAUGCUAAAAUUAAUUUUAAAAAAUAAAAUAUAGUUAAAAUUAUCAAUUUUUUUUUUUACAAAUUAUUAGUCAAAGAGUUAGAGUUGAGUAGUGGGACUUGGUCUUAGUAUAAUUUUUAGUUUAGUUACUGAUAAUUAAUUGCAGUUUAAAAAGUCUUUUCUCUACUACUACAAAUGAAAUGAAAUUCUAAGUUUUGGUUAAAAAUAAUGGAUUCAAUUUUUGUCAUUUUCAAAUAACUAAUAAUACUAAAUACUAAUUGUAAUAGUACUUAUCUAAUAAAUUAUUUAAUUAAAUUAGAAUUAGUAAUAAUAAAUCAGUGCACUUGGACUUGAACUUUUGAUAUGUUCUUGACGGUUGACGUUUUAUCAUGAAUCAUUUUAUUUCAAUAACAGUGAUGAGCUUUUUCAAAUUUUAGUAUAUUAUAGUUAUAGCCUUAUCUUAUAAUUAACUUAUACUACUAAUUAUUUGUCCUCAUCACUUAAAAUUAAAAUGAAGUGAUAUAGCACCCUGGUUCCGAUAGGGCUAGGGUCAAAACCCAGGUUAAGGGUAAGUUUAGGGUUCAGGUUAGGUUUAUUAGGGAUACAGACCUGUUUACUCUUAUGAUUUUGGUGUACAAUGUACGAUUUUGAGAUGUAUACAUUAUAUAUACUGUAUGAGUAUGUUUAUUUUUUACUAUUAAGAUUAUGUUGAUUGAGGGUAAACAGGUCUGGGGAUAGAUUUAGGGUUCAGGUUAGGUUUAGUGAUACAUUUAGGACAUAAGUUUGAGGGUCGUGGCAACCAAGGUAAAAAAUUGUACUUAAUGGACUUCUUUGUCUUUGUUGUUAAUAAUAAUAAUGUUAAUAAAAAUAAAUUUUACUAGGUCUAUUAAAUAGACUUUUUGUUAAUAAGUUUAAGUAAGCCUAAUUCUUAAAAAAAAAUUCUUUGAACUUUUACUGCCACUGCUAAAUCUAAUAGACUUUGUAACUUUGUUGCCUCAUGGAGUUCAACUCAUGUCGUAUAAAUGUAUAAUGUAUGUCAUGUAGUAUAAAUCAUUUGAUUGCCUGCCCUUAAUUUAAGAAAAAAUGCUACACUAAGCUAUGGUAAGGAGCUGACAUUUGUGUGACAAUUUUUGAGGUUUGGGGGGUGAGAGGAAUACAAAUUAGAAAAAUAUAAUCUGACCCCAGUUUUGGAAGGCCCCAAACUACUGAGCCCACUUAUUAAUCUUUUAUAAUGGAUUUGAUACUUAAAUUUAAUGAAUCUAAAUCUAAUUCAUUGAGUAACUUUUUAUCAAAUUUAUUUUAAUUAAUUUAGAGUAAACAGAUUUAAGUCUUGUUCUUUUUGAUAAUGAUCCCAAAGUCGCUUUGACAAGUAAGUGUCAUUGUUGCAUCAAAAUAUUAAAAAAUGUCACAAUUAAUUUUUAUUUUAGUAUUCCAUAAGUCUUUCCUAGUUACGGAUUAGGGGCCUUUAUCUCUUUGUUUAAAUUAUAGAGUAUUCAAGUUUAAAGUGGCUGUUCUCUCAAAGGAAUUUUUUGUUCUGAAGCGAAACUGAAAGAAAUUAUAAAUUAUUAUUCCAAGAAUCAACAAUAAAAAAUUUCAUAUAUUUUUUAAUUGAAGAGUUACGUUAUAAAUAACUACAGAUACUGGUAUAAUUAACUACUUUUUUAAAGGUUCUUUCUUUUGAAUUUAUAAGGGCACUGUAGAUGAAGCCUAUACUAAUAAGUAUGAUGAGUGUUCAGUACUGUAAUGUUACUGUUGACAAUUGAUAAUAUUACUACCAAUGGACCAGUGCAUUGUCUCCAGUGUUAGCAUCCCUAUGUCAUCACUGGCUCAGUGUUAGCAUGCCUAUGUCAUCACUGGCUCAGUGUUAGCAUGCCCAUGUCAUCACUGGCUCAGUAUUAGCAUGCCCAUGUCAUCACUGGCUCAGUGUUAACAUACCUAUGUCAUCACUGGCUCAGUGUUAGCAUGCCUAUGUCAUCACUGGCUCAGUGUUAGCAUGCCUAUGUCAUCACUGACUCAGUGUUAGCAUGCCUAUGUCAUCACUGGUUCCAUGAGUCACUGGUAAUCUGAAUCAUUUCAGUGUCAUUUAUUUUCAAUUUUUCAUUCAGGGUUUGUAUUUGAAAGCUUACACAGUUUUUAGGAUAAGAUUCUAGCAAGAUGCUAUUUGAUUUGAUACUGGGGAGUUUGCAAAUUUGAUAUCAUGUUUCUAUAUUUAGUUAAGAUGACUUUUCUUAUUAGGAUUGAUAAUCAGACAUCAAUUAUUGUAAGCAGGUAAAAACAUGACUCAGUUUCUCUUAUUGUAGUUUAUUGUUUAUUGGUCCACCAAAACAGUUUUCAUGAACUGUGUUAACAUUAACUUGUAUGUUGAAACUUCCUCAUUCAAAUUGCCUGUCUUUAGUUAAUUUACUGUUCUAUUAUGGAAGCUGCUUAUUAAGGACAGUUCUUUAAGCUUCUCUACGUUUCAAAUAAUAAUUUGUUUAUUUCUUUUUAAAAAAUAAUCCUAAAUGUAAUUAAAAAUCAGUAACACAAGACCUGUUAAAUUAUUGCUACAAGUCAAAGUAAUACUAUUGAUUAAUUCUUUUACUUACAAUUAAAAAUUUUGUAACAUUACAAAGAAAAAUUGUGUGCAUAUUUGUUUUUAGUUAGUGGCAGUGUUAAGUGCUGGUGCUGAUUUUAACAGGGAGGCAGUUUAUAAUUCAUGUUUGAAUAUUGUAUUAGAACUAUUGCCAGAGUAGUUGAACUCUGUCUCAAACCAAGAUAGUUCUGGUUGUUUGGGAAGUAAUAAUAAUAAUAAUAAUAAGUGGUCUUAUAUAGCGCGGUACCCCAGCCUAGGACUGGGCUCACCGCGCUGUACAUAAAAAUAUUAGCAAAGAGACAUAAUCAUGAUAUUAAAAUAAAAUACAUAAAUGUAAUAAAAAAACAGCAUGUAAGCAAAAAACAAAGGUAAAUUCACCCACCCACUCCAGAAAUUUUACAAGGCAACCCAUGAACGGUAUGCAGCAGGAUCGUUUAUCGGUCAAAUGCUAAAUUUACCUAUACAACGUCUGCAAACUGUUUUGGUGAUGUUUGCUAUUCUCAUGUUUUACUUUAUUUUGUAUCUUUCAAAGAUCCCUACAACCUUUCUCACUUUCCCAGGGGUCAAUGGCUGUUCAAGAAAACUCCUAAGAAAUAUUAAAUUGUUACACAGGUUAGACCAAAGGGGCUCCGUCAUAGUAACAUAUUCUGAAAAGGACUCCCCAAGUAAAAGAAAAAUGGUUGAGAACCACUGCCUUAAACUAAUAAUCGGUAAACUAAUGAUUUGUCCAUUUCAGGUGAACUUUGUGACUGCACAGUUUACUGCACUCCUCUUUGGCUUCUUUCUUCGUUUUUUCAUACCUCAAAGUCUGGGCAAGCCACAAUGGAGGCUGCUGUACUGCCUGGUGACUGGGUUGGCCUUAUUAUGGUUCAUGAUUGGCUGGUAA